CACUUCCGCUUCUAGGUUGUUUUGAAAAGUUGGUGCUAAAGAUGGCGGACGUUGUCGGGGACCCCACAUCAAUAGCGGAGAAACAUCAGGAUGUCAGAGUAAAUGUUAAGUCUAAGAGAAUCUUCGCUUAUCAACUUGCAAAGUAUAAAAGUUUGCUUAUAAAGCUGCUGGAGCGUCAACCGGAACUGAACGAAAGCGACGUGGAAAAGAUAUUAGAAGAAAUGCUGAUGAAUUUCGAGAAUGCAGUGCAAGAAAACAUCACCGUCGGUGGUUUAUCCUGGGAUGAAGCCGCAGAGGAGAACGGUGAAGAUUACGAGUGCAGCACGGUGGACGACCUGUUGGAUGAGAAGAUUGUCCAGACUAGCUGGAAACGCAGCGUUUACCCAAAGAAAAUUCUGCCAUAUUUUGUCCGGUCCCUGAAAGCCGAGCGCAAACUCAUGGGUUUGUUUGACAAUACGGUGAAAGCACAAGAAGUGAAGCGGGAUCCUGUUCAGGACACCAUCAUGAGCAGUGUUUCUGCUGCUGCACCCGUGAUGUUCAGACAAGCGUCUACAGUCAUGAAGUCUUUGAAGGAGGUGAAGCAGAUGGCAGAAGGUCUUCACCAGGUGCUGAACACGCAGCCUUCAGCUGAGACCCUGGAGGCCUACAGAGAUGUGUUCAGUAACUAUGAGGGAAAACGUGCUGAAGUCCGGUGCAGCAGCGAGUCUAACAGACAGUCCAUUAAAAGAGCUGCGUCUGAGAGAGAAUACAGCACACGAUACGUUCCCGUGGUUCCAUCCACUCCAGAUCACAUUACAGUUUCCCUUCACUGGAACUAAGCGGCCCAAACCUGUUCCAGCAUGACACAAAGUGAGCUCCAUGAAGACAUUGCGUGGUAAGGUUGGAAGAACUUGUGUUUCCUGCACAGAGCCCUGACCUCAACCCCACUGAACACCUUUGGGAUGAACUGGAACUCCUCACCUAACAUCAGUGCCUGACCUCAACCGCACUAAUGCUCUUGUAGUUGAAUGAACACAAAUCCCCACAGCCACACCCCAAAAUCUAGUGGAAUGCCAUCCCAGAAGACUGGAGGAGGUUGUUAUAACAGUGAAAGGGGGGAUAUAUCUGUGUUAAUGCCCAUGGUUUUGUCAAGGGUGCCUACUUUUGGCCAUAUAGUGCAUGUAGGUAGAUUAUUUAAUCUUUAUCCUCUUAUUGUUUAUUCUUUUGUUUGUAUAUCAAUUUUAAAAACAUUUUUAAUUCAAAUGUCUGUGACCUGUAUUGAUCUUUUAUCUAUCCAAUAAAACUCAAACACAAACAAACAAAAAAAAACGUAUUAUGUUGUAAUGAUGUUAAUAAUAAACUGAAAUAUUUUCAUUA